UCCCGAUUCAGAUUUGGCCAUUUCGCUGAGCAAUAUAACAGAUAUGGUUAAUUCUGACAGCUAUAGUUGUCUUAUAUUGAUAGCGACGGUCUUUCUUAGAGAAGUUACUAAAGCUUGAUAUCAUAAUCCUGGUUUAUUAGUUUUUCCCUUCCCUUGUAUAAAUAAAUUAUACGUCUUCCAUUGCUACUCUCUUAAAAUUUUCAUCUUGAAAUGUCGAUUAUGCUUCUUCAAGCUAGAAAAUUACUAUCACAAUCUCUUAACUCGAAACCAUCUCAUGCAUUCCUUGAGCUGAUUGCAUCAUCGAGAGGAGCCACUCGCGACUUGCACAACCAAACCAUGUUCAGUCCAAGUGAUACAAUGGGGAAAGUCAUCACUUGCAACGCUGCUGUUCUGAGAGGUCCCAAACAACCUUUUCUCUUCGAAAAGAUUCGAGUUGAUCCUCCUCAAAAGAUGGAGGUCAGAAUCAAGAUUCUCUACACUUCAAUCUGCCAUACUGAUCUCAGCGCUUGGAAAGGCGAGAACGAAGCUCAGCAAGCAUUUCCUCGAAUUCUCGGCCAUGAAGCUGUCGGGAUGGUUGAGAGUGUAGGAGAAGGGGUGGCUGAUGUGAAAGAAGGAGAUCAUGUGAUACCAAUCUUUAAUGGAGAAUGCGGACAUUGUGUCUACUGCAAACACGAGACAACAAAUCUGUGCCAAAAGUUCAGAGCAAACCCGUUCAAGAGUGUAAUGGAAAAUGAUGGAAGGUGUAGGUUUUCGACAAAGGAUGGAGAACCCAUAUUUCAUUUUCUCAAUACUUCCACUUUCACAGAAUACUCAGUUCUUGAUUCAGCUUGUGUUGUCAAGAUUGAUCCCAAUUCUCCCCUCAAGGAGAUGAGCUUGUUAAGCUGUGGCGUCUCUACAGGGGUAGGAGCCGCAUGGAAUGCUGCUAAUGUACAGGCUGGAUCAAGUGUGGCGAUUUUCGGUUUGGGGACAUUAGGGCUUGCUGCGGCUGAGGGAGUAAGAGCCAGAGGAGCCUCCAAAAUGAUAGGCGUUGACGUCAACCCAGACAAAUUCGAGAAAGGCAGAGCAGCAGGAAUUACACAAUUUAUAAAUCCCAAGAAUGCCUCGAAGCCAGUGCAUGAGAUAAUCAGGGAAAUGACUAAUGGAGGCGUAGACUACAGCUUCGAAUGUGCAGGACACUUGGAAGUUCUUCGAGAAGCCUUUUUGUCCACUCAUGAUGGUUGGGGAAAGACGGUGCUGGUGGGAAUUUAUGGGAGUCCAAAGUUGCUGCCUCUACAUCCAAUGGAGUUGUUUGAUGGAAGGACAGUCACUGGAACUAUCUUUGGCGACUUCAAAGGGAAGAGACAGCUGCCUGAUCUUGCCAAAGCCUGCAUGCGCCGUGUUGUAAAUCUAGAUGGAUUUAUAACGCAUGAACUUCCCUUUGACAAGAUAAACGAAGCAUUUGAGCUGUUCAAGGAUGGCAAAGCAUUGAGAUGUCUUCUUCACCUUUGAUUAUUUCUCUGAACAUCACGACCUGCAAAUUCCCCACAGGCAAAUGGGAGUGUAAAUCAUAGUCAUAACUGCUUUUGCAAUGAAAAUAUAUUUAGUUAUCCAUAA